GAUAUAAGUUCGACAAAAAUAUAAAUUUAGUAUAUUUUAUGGACGAUUGUUGAUGCAAUAGCUGAUGCAGUAUUAAAUAAGACUAGAGACUGUCAUAUUUCCGUGAGAACUUGAGUAUCGAGUGUUCGUGCUACAGCAAUGUACGAAAAUGCGAAGCUAUAGAAUAGCUAUAGAAUAACAACUAUACUUUCACAGUUCGAUGAAUUUAAUGUUUUUUUUUUCUUAUGAGAAAUAAGCGCAAUCAUUAGAAUUCUCCCUUCGUCAAAUCAUUCACUCAAUCGCCCGUCUCUAUUACAGCGAACACAUAAAGAUGCAGCUGUCUCGAACUCACGGUGAUAUUUUGCAGUAUUUGCGUUUCAUUUGAGUCAAAUUAGGUGAUUUAUAGUAGAACUUAUCUUAAAGAAAGGAUAUUACGUGAAAUAUUUAGUCGUUUGUACGAAAAGUAAGGAUGAACGAACCUUCGCGGACACUCUCUCGGUCAAACACGUUUCUAUACUUGAAGGAAGAUGAUCUGCCUUGAAACUCAGUAUUUGAACAUCAGUCGAGUACUUAUGCUUGCAGUUGGAAUGUGGCCUUAUAAACAGUCGAAGUUCAUUUCACUUCAAGUAAUCUUGUGUUAUGUUCUUCUGGUAAGCAUCAUAGUAGUGCAGUUUACACCAUUUUUGACUACAAAGAAUAUUCCUGAUCGUGUCAUCAAAAUUCUAUCAAUACGAUCUUUUUUGGAUCAACUUCAAUGUAUUUUUAAUACAAUAAAAGAUGACCAUGAAAUUGCUAUUUUAGAAAGAUAUGGAUAUAACGCAAGAUGCUAUCAGUUUGCUUGUACAGUGUUUAGCAUGUGCUGCUUCUUUAUUGUUUUUAUGCAGCCAUGGUGGCCACGCAUAUUGAACAUUCUACCGUUCAUAAAUGUUUCUGAAUCGUAUCACGAAAUGUACAUCAUAACUGAAUACUUUGUUGACGAAGAAAAAUAUUUAUAUUUAAUUACUCUGCACAUAAACGUGACUGUUUGUGUAGCAACAUUUAUAAUAUUAGCGGCUGGAACGUUAUUUAUAGCAUAUAUUAAAUGUAUUUGCGGAAUGUUUACAAUCGCCAGCUACCGUAUCGAGCAUGCAAUGGAUAUUUAUAUUCCGCAAAAAAUUGAUUUGAAGAAAGAAAUUAUUAUCUGUAGUAAAAUAAUUCACGCUGUGGACAUUCAUCGCAAAGCUAUGAAGCUGACCGGAGACUUUAUUUCUACCCUCGAGUAUACGGGUUUUUGUAUAAUAAUAAUCAGCGUAGUUAGCUUAAGUCUCAAUUUUUAUCGAAUUUUUCAGGUUGUGUCGUUUGAUGGCAAUGUCGAAGAGUUUAUAUUACAUUCUACAAUUGUAUCUAUCAUUUUUAUAUAUAUAUUCAUAAUCAACUAUUUCGCGCAAGAAGUUUUAAAUCACUGUAACGAGAUAUUUAUAACCGUAUACAACACUCGGUGGUAUACAACUUCUUUAUGUGUACAAAAUAUGAUAUUAUUUUUGUUGCAAAGAGGUACGAAAGGUUUCAACUUGAUGAUCGGUGGAUUAUUCUUGGCAUGUUUAGAAAGUUCCGCCACACUGAUAAGCACCUCCAUGUCUUAUUUCACUGUACUUUGUUCGGUGCGACAUUGAUAUAAAGAUAUCUAUCGUUUCGCGGUACUAUGGAAGAUAUGGUGAGUGCAAACAGUGUUAAUUUUCUCCAUAUCUCUCGUUCACUUAUAAAUAAGCAACGAUGUAAUAUUCACCUUUAUAUCUGUCUAACUUUUCUACUAUUUUUGCAGCAUUGUCUAUAAUAAACGAAUGUAUUAUAUACUGAAAAAUAUAUUUCAUAUACUUUAGAUGUGAUUUAAGCGUGCUAAGCUUACGAACAUUUUAUAGGAGUCACUAAAAGCUUUAACUUGAAUUUUUAAAAUUAGUGAGACUAAAUCCAAAGUUAGUAGGUUAAUUUUUAAUUAUUACACUGCACCACAGAUUAACAAAUUUUCACGUGACGAAAAGUGAUUUAAAACCAUUAAAUAUAUGAGCGUAAUAGCAUUUUAUGUAUUUGUUCUUCUUAAUUUUUCGCAAUCUCGAAUUCAGUGGAAAAUGAGUGCAAGACAUGUAAAAAGGUUCAUUUCUUACGCGGUACCUUAGAUUUCCUAGUUUGUGCCGUUUAGAGAUAGUGUUCAACAGCAUAGAAUACAUGUGUCAUAUUUCUCUGUCUCUUUCUC